UACUAAAAGUAAAAAGCAGCCCCGGCCAGCUGCUCGGGAGGGAGGCAGAGAUGGCAGAUGAGAUCACCAAGGCUCAGGUCGCCCGGCCUGGCGGCGACACGAUCUUCAGGAAGAUCAUUCGCAAGGAAAUCCCAGCCAAAAUCAUUUAUGAGGAUGACCAGUGUCUUGCUUUCCAUGAUAUUUCCCCUCAAGCACCUACACAUUUUCUGGUGAUACCCAAGAAACAUAUAUCCCAGAUUUCUGCAGCAGAAGAUGAUGAUGAAAGAAGUCUUCUUGGGCAUUUGAUGAUUGUUGGCAAGAAAUGUGCUGCUGAUCUGGGCCUGAAGAAGGGCUAUCGAAUGGUGGUGAAUGAAGGUUCAGAUGGGGGCCAGUCUGUCUAUCAUGUUCAUCUCCAUGUUCUUGGAGGUCGGCAGAUGAACUGGCCUCCUGGUUAAGCAUGCUAUAGGGAUAAUUUUGCCUUCUCUAUGCAGUGAUCAGGUUUCCAAGUUCUAAUAGGCUUAACAAUUUUUUUU